AAGCUCACAUGGAAGAGGUGGCACCAUUGCCGUCGUCAUAGUCAUCGCAAUCGACUUCCUUCUCUCUUCCCCGAUCCGAACACUAGUUCUUGGAGCCCACAUUACUGUCCUCUCCUCAUCUUCUUCCCCACACAUCGUUUUCAGCCUCGUUUCCUUCUUCUCUCACUCACCUCCCUCCCUCCUUGGUAUUUCACUCUGAAAUCAGAGUCUUCUCUGGUUCUUGACCAUCCUUUCUUCUUUCUCCUCCUCCUCUUCUUUUUUCUUUUUCUCUUUUUCUGUUCUUUUCUCGGAAUUUCGUUUUCGGGAUUUGAAUUUUCCAUGGUGGGUUGAUACACUGAGGGGGAUGGGUUCUUGUAUUUCGGGCCAGAAACGAUUUGGUUCCUCGGCGAAACAGAGCCAGUCGGUCGAAGCGAAUGCGAAUGGAUUUGUAGAAGAAGGGAAUAAGGGAGAGACGCAGCUCAGCUCAGAUGGGUCGUCACGGAGGGACCGGAAUUAUGGUAGUAAGGACGAGGCUUUCUUUGAUUCCCUUGCUUGGCUGGAAUCGGACUGUGAUGAAGACUUUGUCAGUGUCUGUGGUGAUUUCACCCCUUCAAGAGGAAAUACCUGGAAUCACCAAGGAAGUUCUCCUGGGACAGGUCGACCCACUCUAGCUUCCAUAGUUAGCAGAAUGUCUGAUACCCAGGAACAAGCAUCUCCAACUGAUAACAAAAAGAGACUGGAGGAUCUAUUUAGAGAAACAAAGGACAACGACGAAAAUGUUAGCAAUGUCUUGCCGCCUUUACAGUCUUUGGCUACUGAUCAACAGUUUGAUGGUAAAAGCCCGGAAGUCGAGAAACCAAAUGCUCCAGUGCCUCUAAAAGCGUUAAUUGCAACCCCAACUUCUUCUGAAGCUAACUCUACUGGUGUUGGUGACACGACUCCAAACGGUAUUGAUUCGAAAAUUGAAAGCAGAAAGGCAUCUAAAGGCAGCCAAUGUUGCAUGCCAAACUUGUUGCCUAGCUUUAGUUUUAACGAGAAGAAAAAGCUAUCGAGUCCAAUUGCGGUGCUAGAAAGUAAGGCCUCUUAAGGGGCUAAGAGCAAUUUUAAAUAUCAAGCGUGCAUAGGAGUAAAUAGAAGGGCCGGAAUUGUCACAAUUUAAUUUUUCGAAGUUUGUGCCGCAGAUUGCAUAAGGCCUCUUCUGAGCGUGUUGUUUGAAAGUAUUGGCUAAUCAAUGCAUAGUUGUGUCAUAGAACAUGUAAGUUGGUUUGUGUAAAGUGUACAGAUUCUGCUGUUUUAAUUGUAUGAAUGGUAUCACUUUUACAUCUCA